AUGCCAGAAGGUUCUCACCGCCAACCAGCUACUCAGGGUUCCUCCGACGGGUAUUUUGGGUAUCAGGAUUCCUCUAGUGCUCGUUUCAGCGCCAUACCAGAGAGUUCCUAUCGUCCAGUGGGUAUUCGGAUGCGGAUGUGCAUUGAUUACCGCCAGUUGAACAAGGUCACCAUCAAGAACAAGUACCCGUUGCCUCGUAUUGAUGAUUUGUUCGACCAGUUGCAAGGAGCUAGAGUGUUCUCUAAGAUUGACCUGAGGUCAGGGUAUCAUCAGCUGAAGAUUCGGGACUCGGAUGUUCCGAAGACUGCAUUCAGGACUAGAUAUGGCCACUAUGAGUUUCUGGUGAUGUCCUUCUGCUUGACUAAUGCUCCAGCAGCAUUUAUGGAUCUGAUGAAUCGGGUAUUCAGGCCUUAUAUUGAUUCCUUUGUUAUCGUCUUCAUUGACGACAUCUUGAUAUACUCACGUAGCCUGGGGGAGCACGAGCAGCAUUUGAGGGUAGUGCUUCAGACCUUGCGAGAACAGAAACUAUAUGCUAAGUUCUCCAAGUGUGAGUUU